AUGCAUCAUCAGCUUCUCGAAGACAAUCUAGUCAACGAUACCGGUAACCUCAAACGCGCCUGCAACUCUUUCUUUGCCUUUCGCAGAGCCCGCUCGGUCGAAAUCCUCGACCAUAUGUGGGCUAAAUACGGCCGAACCAUGAAUCAAGCGGAUAUCUCGGCCCAACUCCAGCGCGAGUGGAAUGCGUUCUCCAGGAAGAGAGGGAUUCUUUCAAAAUACAUGUAUACCCCCAUCCCCAAUGCAUUUUGGAACACACUCGCUGAGGAUGGGAAGAAGCGUUUCUUUUUUGAAUCUAUCGCUCGCAUAGCCAAAGCUAUGGUCGAUCCGGAACAUAAAGUUAGUAGCUACCAGAAUAUUAGAGAAUGGGCCCGGCGCCCAGAGAACAGGAAAUAUGUGAAAGAGGAAACCGUUGAAACCUCCGAGACCCAAGCCACAACCACAGCCGACUAUUCCUCCAGAUGUUCAUUCAACCAAAUCAACAUCGUUCCAUUGGAUGAUCCCCAAGACGACUCUUGGCUCGACCGUUUCAAGAACACCUUGACAUAUAUUGGCCCCAGGAUGCCGGGUGAACCCGAGAGGAUGCUCGAAAUGGUGAUUCCCAAUCCCGAGGGAUCUACUUUUCCAGUAUAUAUUGAAGUCGAUAUUCCUUUAGGAACACCACAGAAUGAAAUCAACAUGAUCAAGGCCAUUGACCAGAUAAUACCAGGCGAUGCAAUCAUUCUCCGAAACUACACCAAACCUGAAUAUCCUAUUGGCAUAUCUGAUGUUUUAGAAUUCAACGCGCUUCAUUCGUCGGACCUUCCAAUGCACCAUGAUCAGCUUUCUGCCUUUUCGCCGUUGUCAUAUAGUUCUAGUUCUUCGCACUCCAACACAACCAAUAAUCUCUCGCCAAUCACUCUGCCAAGCCCCAGUUGUUGGCUGGUCACUAUGAGUUCGAUGCGACUGGUUGGCCCCAGGUUCCGACACUCCCUGGAGCCCAUGACCAAUAUGCUUCUAUCUUAUUCAUCACCCCGACCAAUGCUGAUCAAACUUGGCCUGGAUACCUCUUUACCGUCCAUUAUCCCUCUGGCUUCGAAUUUCGCGAGCGUUCAGGCUACGGUCGAUUGUGAAGAUAACUUGGGUCUCAUUCAAGCCGACAUAGAAUGUAUCGCGCAUCAUGCCAAUACCCCUGCUACUUUUCAGGAUCACACGGGACACGAAUUCUCUGCUCUUGAGCCACAGUAUUCUGUACUUGGUGGUUUUGGCCAGAACCAACUUGAAGGAAGCUUCAGCUUAAGCGAAGGCCCAUUCUAUCAUGACAACUUCUUUGAUGCAGAGCUUGAAUCUAUGCUUCCCCAAUUCGAAAAUGAGGCGGACCUCGACUCAAUUCAUAGGCUUCUUGGCGAGAGUGCCAGGCUUCUUGAGCUGGAAGCCCAAUGGUGGUUUUAG